GGAAUUGACGUGCCACACGUGUCGUUGCUGCUCUUAGAGAGAAAAACCUUCAGCUGAAUGUUGUUUCAAAUUGUUGAAUAUUUGUAAAACUGUUUACUAAAUAGUUGAAGUUGUAUUGCUACAUUAAUAAUCGUGAUGGGAAAAGAGAUGGAUGACAAGCUUACUGCCACGUUUGUUUUAUCAGCCCAGUAACCAUGGUGGUCAAGAAGAAGACCGCUAAAGUGGAGACUGUUGCUCUGGACAGAGCAACGCUGGAGAAACUGACAGCCUCCCUCUCUGUCGAUGGGGAUCCUGGGGCCCAGAAACUUGCCCAAAACCUGCUAGACUGUCUCCGUUUGACCGACCCAGUCCUACAGAUCCAACAGGUCAAGAAGGUGGCGAACCUAUUGGAGGAGCUGAGUGAAGGCCCCUCCCCGGCAGACGGGCUCCUCCUUUCUUGUCUGGACACCCUCGCUGUCAUGUACACCUCCCUGCAGUCCAAAAACCCCCUGAAGAGGGCCGUGGCCAGCACCCUGAGCUCGGUGCCUGCCUGGCUGCACGGGCAAGCGGCCAGCCGUCUGUCAGCCUGUCUGUCUGACUGUCUGUCCUCGGCGGGGCCCGAGCAUUAUCCCCACCUCACGGACACACUCGCCUCCUGCUUGGACGGGUUCCCCUUGGGUGAGCGUUGCAUUCACACUUUACUAACAGAAGUGCUGCAGUUCUUCCAUAAAGCCCUGUGUGAAUACCUCCAGCAAAACAGCGGGCUGGCAGGCCGUCACGUGGCCCAGGCUCAGGUCAUGCAGGCCUGUCUGUCUGCAGUCAAGGCCUCUAUGCUGGUGGUGCAGAGGUCCCAGGAGCCCGUGAGUGCCGCCCUGCUGGCUGAGUGCCCGCCCUCACCCUGCCCCCUCCGGGACACGCUGAACGCCCUGCUCACCUGCUACACCCGGAUCCUCACCGAUGAGGAGUUUGUGCAGACUGUCCAGAGCACAGCUGGAAUGGCGGUGGUCCUCCUGACCAGGUGCAUGCUGGGAAGUGGGGACAAAGUGGCGGAAGUGGUUGCAGGCCUGUUACUCGGUCCAGAGCAGGGAGCUGACAGCGCCCCCGUGUGGCUACAGGAGAGCUGUGCAGGGCUGUACCGUGGCGACCGGCCCCCGGCUGUGUCUCUCUUCCUGUGCCACGGGGCCCUGGCCAUGCUGAGCUGGCGUGGGGGGCCCCUGGGGCCCGAGGGGGAGAGGCUGCUGCUGCUGAUCCCCUCGGCGCUGCUCGCACUGGACACCAGUGUGAAGGAGUCCAGCACAGCGAUGGUGGUCUCUCGUGUGCUGGCGCUGUGGAGCAGCGUGGCCCUGGACGGCCUCCAGGGGGCGCCCUCCUCCUCUGGCCUGCGGGAGGCCCUGCUGGGCAGGGCCGAGCUCCCGGGACGCCUGCAGGAGCACAUCCAGGCCCACUGGGAGCACCCCCUGGACGGGGUCCGGCACCAAACCCGCGCCCUCUUCCGGAACCUCCUCCGCCUGCACCAGGCGUGCGCGGGCGUGCCCGACCCCGCCUCCGACCCCUUCGUCACGGAGCUGACGCACAGCCUCCUGGGCCUGGAGUGGCACGUCAGGGGGAAGUACGCCUCGCUGGCCUGCCUGGUGGAGCACCUGGGGACCGGCCGCCUGCUCGCCCUCCACCCCGCCCUGCCCUCCUGCCUGCUCUCCCUGAUGGACGACCAGUCCCUGGCCCCCCACGCCGGCGACCUGCUGGAGAGGCUGUUCGUCAGCCACAAGGCCCAGCUGAGUGGGCGGGAUCGGACGGGGGCGGAGCCAGAGUCAGGGGCUGAGGCAGUGGCCGGGGCGGAGCCAGGGGCAGGGGCGGGUCCAGUGGCAGAGGCGGGGCGAGUGGCGGGGGCGGAGCCAGCGACCGGGUUCGGCUGGAUGGAGGAGUGGAACCGCACCUGGGUCACGCCCCUGCUGGAUGUCCUGUGCCAGGCCCGGCUGGACCAGACCACCUACAUCCUGGAUUACCUGCUGCCCAAACUUCUGCGCUGCUGCCCGGCCAGUCUGGCCCACAUGGUCCAGGUCCUGCAAAACGCCCAGUUUGGGACCUCAGGUUCGCCCGGCAGUAGGGGUGCACUGGGGGCUCUGAUGACGUGUCUGCGUGCGGCUCGGGCCCACGGGGUGGAUCACCUCGCUGAGGAGGGGUUUUUGGGUGGGCUGGUGUCCCACUCUCUGCUCCAGCAGGCCCUGUUGCACAAACAUGACCAGGUACGGAUGGACGCUCUGGGGCUGGUGUGCGAGAGUCACCGUAGCACAGAGACCGUCUCCAGAGAGGAGAUUGAUCUGAUUCGUCACUUCCUGCCUUCCAACCUGAACAGCCAAUCACCAGGGGUCAGGCAGCAGACAGUCAGCUUGCUCAAGAAGCUCCUGGGCAGGGUGAAAGACAGUGCCCAGCUGCUGCAGAAGAGGCUGGGGCAGGAGAGGGGUGAGAGGGCGGUGCAGGAGGGGGACCGGAGCACACUGGAGAUGUAUCAGGACUUCCUGCACUGGUUUUGUGAGGCCCUCUUUGAGGUGCUGGCCCCCGGGGCCUCCUUCCCUACCUGCCUGACUGCUCUGCACCUGCUGAGCCUGGUGGCCGACCUCUUCACCUUCUCCACAGGACCUGCCAGCUUCGCACUGGGGGACACAGUGAGCCACGCCCACGCUCAGGCUGUCUUGUACUGCCUCGCCAGCAACUUCCUGGAGGUCAAGCAGCUGGCCUCCACGUUGCUACGGAAACUGCCUCCUCAGACCGUUGGGCUACGGGAGCCGAGCAGGAUGAGGUCACUGCUCCGGGUGGCACUGGACCUCAGCACCAGCACCAAACCCUUCGACAGCGUCACUGCCGCCCACCUGCUCGGCCUGCUGGCUCACCAGGAGGAGCUGAUGGAAGCUCUGGCCCACUGUGCCCAGGAGCAGGGCAUCCCCUUCCAGCCUCCUUCGCCAGGCGAGCUCCAUGCUUCCUCGGCCUCCACCCUGGAGAAGAACACACUUGGAGUGGUGCAGGUGCUGCUGCUGUGUCUGAGGGCGGAGGUGGAGCGGGCCGAGGCCUCCCUGCUGCAGGCUGCAGCCUCGUACCCGCUGUACGGCCGAGCCCACUGCAUUACUGCUGCGCUGAAGCAGCUGCCCGCAGGCUCCCUGUCUCUGAAGGCUCAGUGGAGAACUCUGGUGGCCGACCUCAUCACCACGUUCUACAGGAUGUCUGACGUCGUGUCGCCUGUCGUCCAGAGCUCCUCCCCCGAAGGACUCAUCCCCAUGGAUACUGAUUCCGAGACAUCAGCUGGCCUGCAGAAAAUCCUACAGGAAAUCCAGCCCCGUGACACCAACGACUUCUUCACUGAUGCCCGCGAAACUCAGGCUGGGGGACAGCCUGGACACAUACCUCAGUCUGAAAACACAGGGGGCACUGGGGAGGGGUACCGGGUCACGGCGCAGAUGGUGCUGGUGUGCUGCUGGCGGAGCAUGAAGGAGGUGUCCAUGCUGCUGGGGCAGGUGUGUCAGGAUAUGCCCCUACAGACCAGAGAGGCAUGCAGGGACGGCAUCAUCACUGAGGGGCAGGUGGAAGGGGUGGGCCGGUACUUCCGGCAGCAGCUGCUGCAGUCCCGCCACAGGGGCGCGUUUGAGCUGGCCUACGUGGGAUUCGUGCGGCUCACGGACAUGCUGUGCAGGAGCGGGAGCCAGAGCCUGCAGCAGCUGCCUUCCCAUUGGCUGAAGGAGGUUCUGGAGGAGGUGAAGUCCAGCGACCCCUCGUCUAAGCUGUGUGCCACUCGCCGCAGUGCAGGCAUCCCGUUUUACAUACAGGCCCUGCUGUCCUCAGAGCCCAAGUCGUCCAGCUGCAGCCUGCUGAAGAUUACUAUGAAGGAGCUGACCAGCCUGGCCAUGCCCGACCCUCAGCAUCUGACCAACCGCAGCACCGUCCCCCAGGUGCAUGCUCUUAACAUCCUCCGAGCUCUCUAUCGGGACACACGCUUAGGGGAGAACAUUGUCCCUUUCGUGUCAGAUGGGGUGCAGGCUGCAGUGCUGGGGUUCACCUCCCCCAUUUGGGCUGUGCGGAAUUCCUCCACCCUCCUCUUCAGUACGCUGAUCACCAGGAUCUUUGGAGUGAAGAAGGGCAAAGAUGAGCAUUCCAAAAAGAACAGGAUGACGGGACGGGAGUUUUUUACCCGCUUCCCUGCCCUCUACCCCUUCCUGCUGGGACAGCUGGAGGAGGCCGCCGGGUCUGUGGACAGCGACUCCGGUGAGGUGAAACUGCACCCGAGCCUCUUCCUCUUGCUGCUGAUUUUGGGGCGUCUGUACCCCUCGCCCAUGGACGGCUCCUCCUCGCCCCUGGGCCUGGCCCCCUUCAUGCCAUUCAUAAUAAGGUGCGGCCGCUCGGCGGUCUACCGCACACGCGAGAUGGCGGCCAGGGCGCUCGUGCCCUUCGUCCUGGUGACGCAGGUCCCCUCCACCAUCCGGGCCCUGCUGGAGGACCUGCCCCUGGAGCUGGGGCCCGGCACCCAGCAGAACCACAUCCACGGCACCCUGCUGCAGGUGCUGCACUUGUUGAGGUCCUACGAGUCGGACGCCCACAGGCCUCGCCCGGGGGGAAUCGGGCAGGACUCUGACAUCACCGCCGCCCUCCGAGCUCGACUGUGGCUGGCCGGCAGGCGGAACCCGUGUCUGGUGACGCGAGCGGCUUUCUUGGACCUCCUGAUGAGUCUGUGCGGUUCGGUCUUGGGCUCAGCUGUGGAUCCCGAGCUGACGGCGCUCUGUGAGGAGACGCUGGAGGUCCUGACCGACUCUGAGCUCCUGGCCCCCGACGGCCCGGUGGCCGUGACGGGCCCCGGGGCCACGCAGUACCUCCAGAGCCUGGCGCGGGUGGCGGCCAGCGCCAGCACGGAGGACCCGGAGCUGUGGGGGGCCGGGUCGCGAGGACCCCGCAUCCUGGGCUGUCUGCUGCAGUGCCCGCAGUACGAAGUCCGCAAUCUGGCCCUGGAGGCGGUCCUGAGGAGGCUGGAGAGGGCCGCGGACACGCCCGGCGACCCGGGCCCCGCCCACUACUCCUUCACCAGCAUGGCUCUGCAUGAGAGACACCCCCAGUGUCUGACCAAGGUACUGCAGGUGCUGUCUGGCCUCCCUUGGUCCUCUGUGCUGCCCUGGAGGGACGGGACGAGGGCACUGACCAAUGAAGAGGCUCUGACCUGGCUAAUGACAUUGGCCGAGGACUCAGUUCACAGCGUGGAGCUCCACUGCGCCGCCCUCGCCCUGCUGUCCCGGCUGAUGGUCCGCCUGAUGGAGACCGCCCCCCAGGGCAGAGGUGUGGCUGCAGUGUCUAUCCUGAGUCGCUGGGGGGCGUUGGUGAGCAGGUGCUGCAGUGAGGAGCAGCCAGAGGAGGUGAAGCUGACGGCCGCAGAGGUCCUGGUUAAGGCCAUGCCCAGCCUGCUGGCCAGCCCCACCCUACCCCUGGGUGUGAGGGACACAGUGGCUCUGUGGCGUAGCCUCUUCAUGCUGCUGCAGGAUGAGGACCUCGAUGUGAGAGACAGAGCGUCUGAAUUUACCGCCACCGUCCAGACACAGCUGCUCCACAACAAAUACGCAGAUGUGGCCCCUGCCGCCCUGUGUCCUCCUGUGGCCCUGGACCUGGGGGUGGGGCUCCUGUGCCAGCUCUUGCAGGUGUGGGAGCAGGUGCCCGCGGGCGUUCUGGUGCUGACCGAGUGGCUGCUGGGCGAGGGCGAGCCGGAGGCGGGCGGCGAGGACACAUCGCGCCUGGAUGAAUAUGAAGAGGAGUUCCUGUUUGAAAAGGGGGAGCUGAACCUGUGGGCGGAGCCUCUGCGGUGGGCGCGGUUGCUGCACCGACACCUCUUGGCCCUCCUGCGUGUGCCGGGCGUGGCGUCGGGUGUGGCCGGGGCGAGCCGUGCGGAGCUGGACACGCUCAGGACUCUGGCGGGAGACCACGCCCACACCGCCCGGCAGAAGCUCCACGCCCUGCCUCCUCUGCCCCAGUUCUCCUGCACCAUCGACCACGCCCGCCUGGACGUGCAGAGGGAGAGAGCGGAGCUCGCCCUGGAGGUUCUGAAGUCCCUGAUACCGGCGGCCCAGUCCCAUUAGGGUACCCACAACCACCCCCCCACACACACACACACACACAUCGGGCCUGUCCUCCAGGCUUACUACAGCCCCGAACCCCCAGAGUGAGAGACUGGCAGACGCACAGAGUCAGUGCCUGACUGACUGGCUGAGUGAGUGACCGCCCGCCAGGCGCUGACGCUGGGAUGGUGGUGGGGAAUGUGUCUGUGAAGGACUGUGCCAGCUCACAGGGUGAUGUUCACUAUGAAACUGAUGAAACAGCCCAGGUCCUUUCUGCUCAAGUUCUGGAGCCACUAAUUACAGGGGGAUGCCUCCUCCUCCUGUCAGGGCUUUGAGUCAGUCAGGGGGUGUGCUAGCAUGCACACACACACACAUGCGCGCACGUGCGCGCACACACACGUGCACAUUCACCACCGGUAAGUUAUGAGAUGCCUGCAGUGCAUUUUAACCAUCAAAUAUUGCUUUCUUAUGUUUCACUCCCAGUUGACCUGGGGGGAUGAAUAUAAUUCUGUUGUACUGUAUAUGGUGGUCUUAAAUAGUGCCUUGCAUUAGAUUAUUUUAGUUGAAUAGCAUUCAUUUUAAAAGGACAUUGAGUUUGAGUGGUGCAGAGUGAAACAUUAUGUUGAAAAUACAUGCACACACAGGUCCCACUGGUUUUCCCCCGCAUAAUAAAAAAUAAGCUGAUUAUAUCAAUA